AUGGAUUUGGAUGAAGCUAUAACCGUUACGAAAAUAGUUACAAAAACAGAAUGGUAUUACUUACUAAUCGGCUGGCAGACCAACUCCUUCGAAAUGUAUUUAUACACGAAGGAAAAAUUGUGGAAAGGUAGAUUUUCACAAAAUCGUUUGGCAAGCUUCAGUAGAAAUCUUCAAAUAACUGAGAAGGACUAUUUAAAUAAGCUCAAAAAUUGCCUAACGCAACAGAGACGAGAUUACGUUUAUGAAUUUAAAAGUGGGUUCUUCUAUUGGAAACGAAGAGACGCUGACGCAGUUAUAAUAGAAGGAUUUCUUCCCGUUGAAAAAGAUACCUCUCCAAAGAUAAAACAACCUGACUUAGUAGAGGUGCUGCUCGGAUUAAAUAAGCAGUUAACUCGCAAAGCUUAUCAUUGGGAACAAAAAUGUAAAAACAUGUUUAAAGAAUAUCAUAGGUGCCUCAAAGAUACAGAAGAGUUUCUGAAUCUCAAAAUUGAUAUGGAAAAGGCACUAUGUGAAAAGUUCUUAAAUUUAUUAAAUUUAAAAAAAUCUAGAGUAACGUGUGACCAAGGCGAUAAAAAAAAUGUAAAGUACAGCCACAUGAAAGAUUUAUUAGCCAUGAAUUUUAAUAGUCACUAA